AUGGCUUCCAGGCUGUGCUGCAUAACAGAAGAGGGCGAACGAUCCAACUCACCCGAGCUGCCCAACGUCCGCCUUAGCCAACUUGCACCAGCAAAACAGCGUCUGCUACCCGAACAAACCAGCUCACCAAACUCACAGUUUACGAGCGCCCGUUCUGGAGAUCUCCAAGAGAUCCGAGAAAUCUUUCAGCAUGCCGACCACUGCGAGGAAGAUCGUGAUACACCGUUGCAGGCAGGUCCUGCGCGUUUCAGUCGCCCUUCAGUCCACAGUAUACGCUCACUUCACAAGGUGAAAAGCAUGCGUUCUAUGAUCAAGAAGAAAUUCUCCAAAGACUUUAGUAAAAAGACUCCCUCUACUCCAAUACAUUACUCUGAUGAGAACGAAAUCACUCCGAAGUCCACACCCGAUACCGUAAUCAAGCUUCAGAAAAGCGGGCCAAAGCAACAACUCCAUAUUACCAAACAGGACUUGCGCAAUAAUCUUCUUAGCAACAAAAAAGCUCACGAAGGAGGCUACGACUCGGAUGCCCAAGUGUUGGACGAUGUUGCUAGAAGUGCUGGCAAAAGAUCACCUAACAAAAGACCUAGUAUUCACAGCGUCGACUGGGUUGCCUCACCUGGAAGGAAAACUACACCAGAGUCAUACACAAAGGGCUGCGCCAGUGGUCCGCCUGAACACGACCUUCGCCCAUAUGAUAUCGCGAACACGCAAGCAGUCUCGCUAUCCAAUAAAUUCAAUCUAUUGUCCAAUACGCCCAACCUAGCGUCAGGUACAUUCGAUGAGAGCAAACGCACGCUGAAGCGCUCGUACUCGGCAGAGUCGAUAGGCUUGCCAAAGCCCCCGCCGAUCUCUCCAUUAAGGUUACCAGGUCUUUCAAACAACGAUACGACCGGCGAACCUUGGUCGGAAGUCAUGACUGAGAGUCUUCGGUUAUCAUGCUUUCCCGUUCCCCCGCGUGACGGCAGUCCUAUAAUGUUCGACACAGACCUGCAUAUAUGUCGAAACGCAAGGCACAACCAGGUGCAUCAUCGACGCCGGAACAGUGAUUCCUCAGUAGCUCCUAACUGCACAUAUGAUAUUGCCACAUCUUCCGUGGCCCGGGUUGUGGAGAUUCGUGUUCAACAACCAACUUCAACAGGCACCCCGAGACCAUCCAUGUCAAUGCAAGGCACUCUGCGUGAGAUAUCUUCUUCUGCUACCGUUGUUCGUUUUGAGAGGUCUCAGUGUGAAGAAGCAGAUGAUGAUUCACACCACUCGGUUCAUCUGCAAAGCAUGCGUAUUUCGCACCAUCUACGCUCAGGUUCAUUGCUCUCGUGGGACAGGCUCGCAAGCGCUCCGGAGGUACCUGCAUCACCUUGCGAGUUGCAUGAAAAUGCCUCUGCCGAUUCAAACUACUUUUCAGAACAAAACCAACAGCUACCUCGCCAUCGUCGACAGACAUCGAGUUCUGGCAUAGCAAGCUAUAAGAUCCCGGCUGGCUGGGGAAAUGUCGUGUCUAGCGAGGCAAACAUUCGGCCUGAUUUUGCGUCUUCUAUAUAUUCAAGUAGACCACAGAGCCCACCUGGUAGCUUUGGUGGAUCUAUGGUCAACCUAUCCCAGACUGGUACUGAAAAUCAACUCUUUAAUAUCUCUACCUCAGAUCUGCGCAGGGCUAGACGUUCAGCAUCUUUCCCAACGGAUAACGAGGAGACGCCCAAGCCAAAACAGCGAGCUGGUCUCACGAAUCUGAAGGUCUCACAGAGCUAUAGAGCAGAAACUCCAUGUACCCCACCAAGAGCACCUCUGGCACGUAACAAUAGCGUUGCGGAUACCAAGGUUUCCAAAUUCCGAGAAGAGUUCAGUCCCCCUGCUGCCAAAAUGAAGCUCACGCAUUCAUCAUCGAUAAUCAGAUUCUUGAAACCCAAGAGACUUAGCUUGCGGAGCCAAAGUGAGGCGAGUAAUUCCCCUGAACAACGAAUUGCCGACGUGGACGGUCCUUUUGAUACACUAGACGUGCCUGCGGAUCGAGAACGCCGACAAUCGCAAUCCUUGGUGAGUUUGCGUGCGGAACAGCAAGCCCUCGGCAAAAACAAGGGCGCGAAUCAAGUUUGGGAUCGUGCAUUGCAAGCUCAUCAAGAAGAGAAAGCAUCUCUGUUUCUCCCAAAGAACAAGGAUCUCGCUGUACAGUCGAGUCCUUUCAGGGAACGUAGUGGAAGUGUUUCGACCCGACGAGUCAGCAUUGAUGACGCAGAACCUUCCAUGAGACGUGAGGACUCAAGCAGACGUCUGUCUACAUUGCAUACACCUACACCCGGUGGUGAUGAUGGGGACCGACCAUCAACUUCAAUCUUUCGACGUCGCGCUCUGGCAAGUGAGGACGAUUCUGAAGUAGGAAGAGAAGUAGCGGAUGCCUACGAACGACAAGGCGAUGGUGUGGAAGUCGUUGGUGCAUGGGGUCGCUAUCCUUCUCACACACGUGAGGACCGGACCGGAUCCGCUGGCAAAGUAGAUGAUGUCCAGCCCCGCGACUUUGCACUCGAGGCAGCAAUAAAGUCUACAGUUUCAAAUGGUGACGAGGACCUGGUCGAUCCAACACAGCGAAGACCCUCGACUCCGCUCCUGCCUGGCGAAAAGAAAAAGAAGAAGAAACUCGGCAGUGUGCGUAUGGUGAGAAGUACCUCGAUGACGUUUGGGAGGGCACUCAUGAAGAAUUAUAGUAAGAUGUUCAAGAGUCAGAGCACAGAGUUCAGAAGGCAUGGUCGCGGUCACCGCAGCUCGAUCGCAUCUGGUGGGAUUCUCGAACAUCCUGAACUUGAGCUGUUACCUGAGGUGUGGGCAGGCAGUCUCAAUGAGGAAAACAACAGUGACGUACGGGACGAUCGUGAGGAGUUCGUCACCCCAAAUCAGACGCCAAUGAACACCGUCAAGGACAAGGACAAACUCGUUGUUGACACUACCAUGCCAACGCUCCGUCCCCGCCGCAACUCAUCUGCACCCAACCUUGGCUCCCUCUCCCUCCGAGGCGGCGACGCCAACUAUGAUAACUUCCAAGACCUCGCCCGCGGCUGGUCUGUCUACUACAAAACCUGCCUCGACGACUACCCCCGCCCCAGCACCGGAGCAAACACCACAACAGCAGAUUUCAGUGCGCCCGCUCGUCUGUCUUUCGACAGCAAACACAUGUCUCUCCACUCCUCCAUAAUGCGGAGUCAUGCUGGAAGGCACUCGCGCAACCCCAGUCCAGUGAGCCAUGCGAGUUGCAACUUGAGGGGGGGCGAUGACGCUUCGAGCGAGAAGAAGAGUAUGGCGAGCGUGCGACGGAGUACUAUGGAUCUUAUUUCAAAGUUUAAGAUGCAGGAGGUGGAGGAGCAUGAAAGAAUGUUGAGGUUGAGGUUGGGGGAGAGUGGAGAGGGGAUGGAGGAUCGGUAUGGUGAGUGA